CUUGUUUUGUUUUGGUUAGCCAGCGAGUCCGACGUUUUACUAACAAUGCAAUGGUUAAUUAUUAGUUUAGUUGUUAAAAAAUAUUAGUUUCUAACUUCUUUUUGGCAAUGGUGUCACCGAUGAUCAUCGUUGGACAAGAAAAUUCAGCGACGGCGGCCCCAGUGGCAGAGGCCAAUCUGGUGUGCCAGGGAGUAAACAACCAGAGCUACAUCUGUGAGUCAGGUCACUGCUGUGGAGAGACACAGUGCUGCAGCUACUACUAUGAACUGUGGUGGUUCUGGUUGGUGUGGACUCUGAUCAUUAUCCUGACAUGCUGCUGUGUGUGUCAGCACUGGCGUUCCAAGCAGCGUUUCCAGCAGCAGCGCCGGCAGAACGAGAUCAACCUCAUUGCCUAUAGAGAGGCCCACAACAACUCUCAGCUACCCCUCUAUCUCAGAUUCUUGCCCACCUAUCUGCUGCCAGCCUAUGAAGAGGUAGUUGGCCGCCCAGCCACACCCCCUCCUCCCUACACCCCUCUCCAGCCAGCACCCCCAUCCACAGAUCCACCCACAGAGGAAUGUCCGUGCCCCCACUCGGCUAUAUCCGUCCCCAGUGAUGCUGAUGCGGUGCUCCCUGCUACUCCAGAGGCCACGCAGACCCUCCUUCACAGCGCUGCUAACCCCAACAAGGACUCGACGCCGGGCAGGUACCGGCGCUUCACAGGGGAUUCUGGGAUUGAAGUUUGCGAUGGUCAGGAGCUGUGGGAUCAGCACGGCUUUUUAGAAAGAGAGGAAGAGACGGAGGAACAGGGGGCGGGGCCUGUGGAAGACCCAUGUGAUCACUGUGAUCCUGGGAUUCUUGAACACAGCCACAGUAGUGAUGCAGUCAUUCAUGAAAGCACAGAUGGACACACAGAGCCACAGUCUCUUAGGUAAUCCAGACUGUUGACUUUAAUAUCUGCAGAGACAAAACUCUGCAGCAGUCACUGAUGCAAUGUUAUUACUGUUGGUGCUCAGGGGUUUGGUCUUUUAGUACAUGUGUAUGUUUGACUAACACCACUGUGACAGGCCUGGAGACAAAUGACAGAUAGGACUAAAUAUUUUUAACAUUUUUUUGAAGGUGCAGUACGUGUUACCCUAGUUUUUCUUCUCCUCAAGUUCAAGUUGAACACUUGACAGUCACUAAUCAUGUUGAAGAGCUGUCUGCUUUGAAAUGUUUCCUGUCAGGAGGCAGCACUGAGGUUCAUAUUCACUUACACGGUUCUUUAAGCUUUGUUGAAAGCUUCUCUGAGUCACAGUGCCCAGUGUAACUAUAGGAGCUGUCGCUCUGUCACUGACUGUAGCAUUAGACCAGCACAGCUGCUUGGGUUCAGUGAUCUGACCCCCUCUACCAUGGUAGCUAGAGCUGGACCAAUACAAUUAAAACAAACAAUUUUAUUACUGAUAGUAAUACUUUCUUUUUACAUAAUUGUGUAACAUUAAAACUUUUUAUAUACAUCCCUUAAAUUGGAUUAUGAAACAAUUGUAACCAACAUACGUAUGACCAGGAUAUUUUACAGUGUAAAAUAAACGUGUCAGUGCUCUCUGGUAGACAAUUGGGACACUGCUUCUAAACCACAUCAGAUAUACCUUUGACAUUUUUGUAUUGACAAUUCCUGUUUAUUCUUGUUUAUAUGGAUCAUUAAACUCACCUGUCAACUUUAAUUAUACAACAUUUACAGCUGAUUCAUACGUUAAACACAUGAGUAUCACCACUAUAAUGACAGCAUUCAGGUUCACAGGACCAUGUGACUUGUCCCGGUUUAGUUUAAAGUCAGCUGAGCUGCUGACAGAGCUGCAGCCCCGACAUGUCCAGGUUUGAUCAUUUGAUUUGCAUCUGUUCCGAUCAAAAGUCUUUUAAAGGUCCCAUAUUGUAUUCUUUUCCAGUGUUUUACUUGAAGUGUUGAUCCAUAAAAAGAUAUUUUUCC